UUGCGAAACUUGGUGCUGGGAGGUGAAUGAUAAAUUGCCGGUGUGGAUAAAAUGCUUCCCCGAGUUGCAUUAGUGCUCGUCAGUGUGUCCCUAAUCUCUCUCACAAUUUGCUAUGCCCAGGAGACGUGCUCCGAUCCCACGUGCCCAUCCGUUGGCGAAGAUGAAGUUGAAUCGGGUCUCACCCUCUUGCCGGCGCCUGAGAACUGCAAUGAGUUCUUCAUUUGCAGCCACGGAACUGCCAUAAGGAUGUUCUGUCCCGCCACUCUGGUCUUCAAUCCGGCAAUUAACGUGUGUGACUACGAAAGGAACUCCAAGUGCACCCCGUGUCAGCUGCCGGAGGACGAGAAGGAGGACGAAGGCGAGGAAGAGUGAGACCAACAAGUGGAAGAAAUCGAAUUACAUCGCGACGACGAAAGACCUUCAACUUGAGCGCUUCAUUCCACGAUAAGUGUUUCUCU